AUGUUUAGCAGGUUAUUGCGAUGUCAGCCCGCAAAUCUACAGAUUUUAAGGUUCAAAGUAAGGAAAACAGGUAAAAAACCUGCUGUCAAAGCUAGUAAGGCUGCCAUUCCGUUAGCUGCUGAGCAGAAGCUAAAAUCUUGGCCAAAGUUGGUUGAGUUGGAAAAGCAAGCAGUUAUAAACGCGUCUUCAGCCAAUGCCAACUUUAGAGACCUCACUUUACGUGAUUUCAAGUACGAUGUGUUUGAUGGACGGGUGAUUGAGCUCAACUUUCCUGUAAAUGUUUCUGGUAAGUUUAUUUUACUUAUUUUAUUGUGUUUUAGGUUGAUUGUUUGUUUGAUUUGUGAUUUUUGAAAAAUAACUAAAUUUUCAUUUGAUUCAUGGAUAACAUCGUAAUUUUGAAGUUUAUAAAGUUUUUAAAGCUUCUUUGACAAACUUUUACUGUAUAACUAAUCUAAAACAUCUGCAGAUGCUGAACUAGCGAGGAUCUACGCGACUUUAAAGCCAGGGGCUUGGGUACAGGUGAUUGCGGGUAAUGACCGCUUCUUGAUGGUUGUCCUCAAUCUUGGAGUUGAUUCAAUACGUUUAAAAUUCAAAGGGAAUGUUUUAUUUGAUUUGAAUAACUACAGUGAUGUUAGUUUUACAAUAUCGACUGAAAGAGAGUCAGGACCGAUUGAUUAUUUGGCCCAUAUUUGGUUGGACAAGAAGAAGAUUGCCAAAAUGCCUGGGUGGUCAAACUUUUUAAUGGCACAUCACGGAAAAGCGUUGCCAAUGUUGGGAAAGACAAAGAAUGUAAAGUUCUUUGCACGGGUAAGGUUUUGUAAUAGGUUUUGAUCGGUUUUUGAAAGGUUAGUUUGAGAAACGAGCCGGAAUAUUGAGGAUGGUGUAUAAAAUCUGGAGUUUGAAGUAAAAGUUUAAUUUUAACGCAAAUUUCUUGCAAAUGAAUAUAAAAUACGGUUGAACAGUAUAAUUAUGAUCUGUUUUAGACCUUGAACAAGUCUCAACAAGAAGCAGUCACAAAAGCGUUGAAUCCAAGGCAAACUAUAUUAUCCAUCCAAGGCCCACCUGGUACUGGCAAAACAGCUGUUGUCGCUGAGAUUGUACAACAAGUAUGUUGUUUCUUUAUUGUUUUAUCUUUCUUUAGGUAGCCAAAUCUGGCAAAAAGAUAUUGGUAUUAGCUCCAUCACGAAAAGCCAUCAAUAAUGUGUCGUCUCGAGUUCAUCAACAAAUUCGUAACUCUCAAGGCCACUUCAACGUAACUCAUGGUGAAGCAGCUUUAAGCAUUAAUGACAGAAUUAAAAGUCAUGAUGAUUUUCAUCGUUUGGAGGCCUUCCUACCUUCACCUUCUGAUUUAUGGAGUUCUGAAGACAAAACCUCGAUGAAUAAGUAUAAUCAUGCAAUGAUGUUGAAGAACGAUCUCAAAACUGAAAUUUUAACGGAUGCUAAGGUAGUGUAUAGUACGAUACAGAGUUCUACGGUUCGGCAACUGGAUAGUUUUAAGUUUCAGCCGGAUUAUCUUGUGAUAGACGAGGCUGCACAGACUUGGGAAUGCGUGGCUUGGCAUGCUGCUUUGUUGGUUGGUUUUUGGGUUAAUUUGGGUAAUAAUUGGGUUAGUAAUGGAUCAGAAAUAUUCAGCUUUUUAAGAUUUGUUGAUUUUUGUAAUUUUUAUAGGUUUAAAAGUCUUGUCGUUGUUUUAUUUUAGUAUCAACAGUAAAAAACGACAAGGCUUUUUCCAAAGCUUUAACAUGUCAAUUUGAAACUUUUAAACAAAAGUAUAGUAUUUUAGGCCCCAAAAGUCAUUUUCGUAGGAGAUCAAUACCAACUAACAUCAACCUGCGUUUCCGCCGAAGCGGCCGAACAAGGCCUAAACAAGACUGUCAUGGAGUAUAUCGAGAAAGAGUUUGGUCAUAACCUUCAAACUCGAUUGAAGAAACAAUACCGGUCGAAUGCCAAAAUCAUGCGAUGGUCGAGUGAAACCUUCUACGAAGGCGAAAUAGAAGCCGAUGAGUCUGUGGCCGAGAUUACUGUAGAUGAUUUGAUAACCAAUGAUAAGGUUACGGUAGACCGAGAUCCGAUUCUAUUUUUUGACACGUGUAAACGUGGAGAUGCGUAUAAGGAAAGACGAAGCGAUGGAAAUUCGUAUUUUAAUCAAGGGGAAGCGUUCUUGAUUCUGGAGCACGUGAAGAAGUUGGUGGAGGCAGGGGUGAAGCAAACUGAUAUUGGGAUCAUUACUCCGUAUGCUGGUCAAGUACGGUAUAUUAGGAGCUUGAUGGGUAAGACAAGGUUUUAUAUGAAGUUUUUUAAGGGUAGGGUAGGGUAGAGUCGGGUAAGGUAGGGUAGUUUAGGGUAGGGUAGGGUAGUGUAGGGUAGGGCAGGGUAGGAUAGGGUACGGUAAGGUAGGGUUGAGUAGGGUAGGGUAGGGUAGAGUUGGGUAAGGUACAGUAGAGUUCAGAAGGGUAGGAUGAGGUAGAAUAGGAUACUGUAAAUUGCUUUUUCACUUUUCAAUUUAAUAAAUUCUUACCUACUUCAGUCAAUAACAACCUAAAAGACGUGAUAGUCAGCACAGUAGACGGCUUCCAAGGCGGAGAACAUGAAGUUAUCUGUCUAUCAUUCGUCAGAAGUAAUCGCAAGCGUAUCAUUGGCUUUCUAAAUGACCUAAGGCGAAUGAAUGUCUCUCUAACACGAGCCAAACGACAACUUGUUAUAGUAGCUGACUCGAGGAUGCUACAGGAAGAGAAGGCUCUAAAACGACUUCAUGAAAUCCUGGAAGAAGAAGCCAAAGUCAUUAUUGUUGGAAAUCAGAGAAAUUGGAAAGUGGCGUAG